GACAAAAAAAUAUAAUUAUAAUAAUUUUACAGCAAAGGGAUGGCAACAUGGAGUUAAACCUAAAGCACAUGGUUUCGACGUGAUGGGAAGUUGUUUAUGUUCUAUCUUGUAUACGUUAUUUUAAAUUUAAAAAUGUACGAAUCACAGGAGUCAAAAACGAACCUUUCAAAAAAUCUGUUAAAAAUGAAGUUCAUGAAAAGGAGUAAAGAGAAAAUAGAACAAAAGCAAGAAGAAUUAGAAAAAAAAGCAUUAUUUGAAACAGAAUUAAUAGAUUUAUUAAAAAAAGAAGGGAAAAGAUUUCUAAUAGAACCCAGUUAUGCUCCUUGUGAACAGUUGGUUUUUGGAAGAAUGUCAUUUAAAGGAAUGAAUCCUGAAAUUGAAAAACUAAUGUUAGAAAAGCAAGAAGUACCAUUAUCACAAAAAAGAAAAAUGGGUGGCAUUUCAGAUAAAGAAUUUGCUGAAAGAAAAUUUAUCACUUUUGGUUGAUCAGAGGCAACUGACCAGAUCUGAUAAAGACACUCACUCUUGAUUGACUUCGGGUUAACCAAUAUAAGUGAGUCAGAAUUUUUAAUUCAUCAGGACUUAUUGUCGGAUCAUACACCAAUAGUUUUCUUUCUUCCUAGGAAAGAUAUGGAAAUGGGUGGUAAAUCGCUAAAAACACGUAGGAAAAUAAAUAAUUCAUCAAUACAUCUUUUACGUAAUGCACUGUCAGCUUGUUUUGCUUGGAAUUACUAUUAUUCCACAGAUCUUUCUGUUGACCAAUUGGCAGAUUACUUUCAGGUUAUCCUGCAGAUUUUGAUUGAUAAACACUUUCCUAUAAUACAGUAGAGCGUCGAUUUUCCGAAUCAAUUGGGGACUGGGGUUGUCCGGAUAACUGAUUUAUGUAUGAAAAAAUAGUUUAACGUAUCCAAU